GUAAGCAACCAUCAAAAGUCUGCCUGGGGGACAGACAAUGAAGACAUGUUGCCAAGAUGUUCGCCACUCUGCAUCGCAUCUGUGCUAACUACGGAUGUGUUCUUGCGUGCCGUGACAGGAUUUGAAGCAGUGCUGGUUUCCCAGGAUCUUGCGUAUAUCAUCUGCGCGCUACCUUCACCAUACCUUCAUCAUCUGAUAUGAGAGGAGUAUUUUCUGAACUAUCCGCUCCCCGGAAGAGCCCCUUGGCCAAUGACUCGGACGAUAAGAAUACUAGCCCAUUCGUUAAUGUUUUGAACAGCAGAGAAUCUACAGGCGGCGAGCAGGGCCCUUCCGAUCCAAACGGACACAUUGUAGAGCUCAAUCACGACGUUUUAUGCUGCGUUAUGGCCUCGAUGGGAUCGAAGGAUUUUGCAACAAGGGAUCUGCUCUCCAUGAUGCUUACCUGUCGCUUAUUGUAUGGAAGCGGCAUCCUUGUUUUGCUUCGACGUCCUGUCUACCUCGAUCAAUACAACAUCGUGUCCUUCUGCGACUAUAUGCUGAAGGACAUCGACUUCCGUGGUCCCCUCCUUCGUCAUGUCUUCCUUCGACACUCUGCCUCCCAUUUGACACAUGAGGCUGAUUUGGAGCGGCUUUCAACCAUUCUCAAACAAACACGCAAUCUGAAAACAUUUAGCGCAUCGGAUAGCGAGAAACUCGUUAAACGAGUACCUGACAUGGUCGAUACUCUCGACAUGCUGCCUCAUUUGACGGAACUGGAAUUAUGGUCCGCAGGCAAUUGCGCGAUCCAACUGCUCAAACAACUCUCGCGGAAGCUCGUUAUUCUAUCCGCGUCACUUGUGAAUAGCACACCAAUUGACAUCCCCUAUUUGACCCUUCCACGACUGGAACAACUAACUCUACAUUCCAUCGGCCUCCAGGACUGGGAGGGAAGUUUCCCUUCACUUCGUAGGCUUGUCUUGGAAGUGGAUGCUGUGUACGAUUGCACGCUAUCCAAUCUUGCUCAUCUCUUCCCUCGUCUGCAGAACCUGGUGCUACACCGACAUCAUACGGUUCACAAUCUGAACCAGGUCCAACUGUGGCGUCAGGAGAACGAACGCCAGCAUGCUUCCAUAUCGCAAUUAUGGUCUGAGUUGGACGAAGUUGAAGGCGAUCUCGCUAAUAUCUUCGCUCUUGCGAUCCCUUGUCCCAUCAGAAAACUUCGUCUUUCGGAAUGCAUUCUAGAUCACCCGCAAAGCUUCAUUUGGUUGACCACCCUUAUAGCUGACUGCCAACCAAACUGCCUGUCUUUCGACAUCAAAACUGACCGCCUUGAUCUCAAUAUUUUCGCACAGUGUGAUGGCCUUGUCGCAGCGGCUCCUCACUUGAACUCCUUCCAGAUGAUCAUUCGAUUUUGCAACAACUUUGACGAGGUAUUGGAUAUCAACGCCUUUCUCGACGUUAUGCUGCACUUCAUCAGAUGUUCAUCCCUGAACUCUAUCGAAUUGCAUCUAUUAGCAGACCCUGUGAUGCAUGUAGGCCAUCCGACUGUGAAGGCUCUCCGACAUCUCUCCUCCACGACCUUGGCAGGAAGAGUACGCGACGCAGUUGCAUCAGAUUCACUUCGUCGCAUAUUUCUCGCGAUCAUUGGGAGAGGAAGAACGCGCUGGGAGGUAUCCAGCAAACGCGAGCUAGUUCGUUGCGUUUGGUGAUAUUGUGGGCUGGGGUUACGGGAUACUUCGAAGGCAAGUCUAUUCGGAGGAUGAUGUAAGUCACCAUUGUACUGACGGUAUGGUAUCUAUCGAAGAUCGAGGUCAUUGUUCCUAUUUUAUGCAUAUAUUUCAAUUCCUGUAAGAUCUUCCGGGAUUGCCAACCCGUCAUUUUAUCACCCAGAUCGAACAUCAAGCACACUCUCUUCAUCGUUUCCAACAAUCCGAUUCCAUAUGUCUAUCUGUC